ACCACAUCCAGAACGAGGUUAGUAUUGAUAUUACAGUCAUCAUGGCGGACAUGGAAGCUAUGGAUGCGAUGGGCGAUGAAAUGCCUGAUGAAAAUGGUCCAAAUUCUGGAAUGAUGGACGACGAGGAAGACACCGAUCACGACAACAUGCACGAUAAUAUGCAUGAUCAUAACAACGAAGACAUGAGUGGCCAUCAUGGCAUGGGAAUGGGUAAUGAGGAAGACGACAUGGGAAUGGGUAUGGGAGGUGGAAUGAUGGGCAUGGGCAACGAUAUGAUGAUGGGAAUGGGCAGUGAAAACCCAAACGAAAUGGAUAUGGGCAUGAUGGAUGGAAUGCAGAAUGAUUUUAAAUACAAUAGAUUUCCUGGACCCCGAGGCCGAGGUGGAUUUAUGGGACCCAGAGGCCCUGGAGGACCUAGAGGGUAAGUUACUGAAUUACUUGUAAAUUAGGUACUUGGAUAAAAUUUUCAAAUUGAAUGAAUUGUGAAAUGAACACAUCUGCAUGAUAGCCCUUGUUAAAUGAAGUAAUAAUAUGUUUUCAUUUUUCAUGUAGCACUUUCGGUUAAAAUGAUAUGAUUUAUUUUGUGAAUAAAAAAUCACUUUUUUUACAUCUCAGGGUUAUACGCAGCCGACUGCGUAUAGUAUAACCCUGAGAGUUAUACGCAGUCGGCAAGUCACGUGAGGUCUAUAUUCUUCCUGUGUUACAGUAUCAAUCAAUAAGGGUGACUUUGAUAUCGGGUUGACUGUGUGGUCGAAUGGUACAAACUGACCAAACCUCAAGUUGGUGGUCUUGAGUUCAAAUCCAGCUAACGGCAAGCCAUGAAUACACGUUAGUUGCUAUGUUUGUUCUCGAGAAUGAAGCUAAAACAACUAGGCUUAUUGUUUUACUUUUGUUUUGGCUAAAAAAUGUUAAAACAUGAGAAGAAUUAUUAACUUGACCAAUUUAAUGUUAAUAAUGUUAUUCUUAUAAUUAUCAAAUAUAUGUUUGUGUUGUUAACUAAUUUUGUGGCAGAUAAAAUCAUGUUUCUCUGGUAUAGUAAUAAAAAUAAUCAUGGGUUGAGAGUAGCAGGAAAAAAAUCGCUGUAGGGGCAGGGGUUCUGUAGAGGGGGCACUGUAAGUAAUACUUUCACACAGUUAUAGUUUUGCAUGGAAGCUGAAAACUGUUACAUUUAGGUCAUCAAAAAAAAAAAAAAAUCAUAAAUGAUAAAUUUAAAAAAAAAAUAAAAAAAAAUAGAAUGUAUUUCCUGAAUUAGUCAGUAAAACCAACCACAUGGUCAUAGCAACAUAUAAAAACCUAAUCAAUCAAAAUACAUAACUAGACUUAGACCAUGGAAAGGCCUUUAAAAAAAUCUAAGACUUAGCCUUAGGCUUAGACUCUAAGAAAUGUAGACUUUGACUUAUACUUAUAAUUAUAAUAUAUAAGAUACAAGCAAUAAUACUAAUAAUAGCAUUAAUAGUAAUACUAUUGCUAUCAUCAAUUUCAAUAUUAAUUAAAAUUAAUUCAUUUAAAAUUUUAAGUUAAACACAUUAAAAGUUAUAGUUCAAAACAACCCAUCAUGCGGCUAAUUACGUAUAAUACUUUUUUUUUAAAUUGCCAAACAAGUGAUUGAUAAACCUUAUUUGGCUAAAUUCCUAGCCGACUGCGUAUAACCCUGAGAGUUAUACGCAGUCGGCUGUGAAUAACCCUCAGGGUUAUGCGCAGUCAACUGCGUAUAACUCUCAGGGUUAUGCGCAGCCGACUGCGUAUAACGCUUCCCUUUUUACAUAGAGAUUUGGGCAAUCCUCCGAAGUCCAGUCCCAAAUUAUUUCGUAUGAAAAAAAUUGCAAUUGCACAGUGUCUAUUGUUAGAAAACAGCAGAAAUGUCAGUCAUAGCGUUUGCAAAUAACUGUCACUUUACAAACCAGUCAGUAAAUACUAAAUGUUGUCAUUGGCGCAAAGCAUUUGCAAAUAGCAGCCGAAAACAUUCUGUUUGUGACUGUUGUGCCACUGAAGGCUCCGAGUAGCUGGCGAACAGACUGCGACUAGUACCACUCUGAUAGCAGAGUUUACGUUUCGCUUGCAUCCAAAGUCCUUCAAUAAUUUAUGUGUGAAUGUCCUGGUCUACUGGAUCAACAAAUUCACGCUCCUGCACAAUGACAGCGUGAGCAUAAAUCCCGUUGUUGAGCUAACCGACAUUUUGAUAUCUUCGCCAAGUGUCCGUGACGAUAGUUAACUGUUGUCCUUGGUAACACAUGAUUAGUGGUGAUAAUGCGCUCGAGUGUUUGUGCAUCUCGACGGCCGACAGCCUCCAUCCAACAUCGUCCACUAACGCAAACAUGAAUUUCAAAACAGAAUGAUGCCCAAGACUUAUAAGUAAGGAGUAAUCACUGAAAAUAAUUUGUGACCGGACUUCGGAGGAUUGCCGAGAUUUGUGACCUCUUUUUACAAUUUUUUAACGAAAAGGCUCAUAACUUUAUAGCAGAGUGGACAAAUAAUAUGAAACUUUCCAGAAGUGUUCAUCAUCAUAUUAUCAACAUCUUUGUUGCUUUAAAAACUAAAAAAAAAUUAAGACCAAAAGUAAUUUAUUUUAAAACAGGAAAUAUAUCAGAGGCAAUUUUCCAAUAAAAAUUAUGCUUUAAUUUGAAAUGGAGCAAUAUCUGAUAAAAUAUUAGUUAAUAUGUCUAUUAUUGUAUAGAUAUUACAAUAAAACCUAAUAUUAAUUAAGAUGGAACUUGAUUGCUUGAAGCAUUAUAAAAUUUCUUGGGCUUUCUUAUCUGUCAACUAUUGUUAAAUAAUACUGUUUCCGGUUUGUCACUUUCGCUUUCGGACAUUUUUUUUUUUUUUUUUCAAAUUUAGACCCGUUCUGGCCAAAAAUAACAUUGUUAUGGCCAUCUUAGAGACUUGAAAUUUUACAUGGUCAUUUUUGAUACAAUUCUACAGGUACACCAGGUCGAUUUAAAAUGGGACAACGAAUAGUUUUCAAAAUAUUGAUAAAUUAGACUUAGCUGCUUUCUCACAUUUUUUUUUAUUUACGACAUACUGAUAUUACUGAAAACAAAAUGGAUGUCGUUAAAGCCCGUUCAUUAAAGUAAUUAGAACAGUAAUUCGUUCGCUGAUCCGUCGUUUCUAGCACGAAAAAAUAAUUUGUUAGUGAACCCUAUCAUCCAGCACACCAAAAAAAGCGUCUCAAAAUCCUAGGGGCAAAAAUAGCCUCAUAUCCAAGUACCUAUUAAUAGGCCUGGGCGCCCUGGGCCUAAACUAUUAUAGUUUUAUAGUUAUAGCAUUAGCUUAUUUAACCAUAAAUGAUGUGUAUAAUAAAGUUGUAAAAGUUCCUGUUCUUGGCUAAAUCUGAAGACUGCUGCCACAGCGUCUUUUGUGUGUUUAUUAUAGUUGCAGUGAAUUAGGGUUUAGGUUAGGUUGAGGGAUCGAUUUAGGGUUCAGGUUAGGCAUAGGGAUCGACUUAAGGUUCAGGUUAGGCAUAGGGAUCGAUUUAGGGAUACAUUUGUGAAAUUCGAUAAAAUAGUGGCAGUCAUCCCCGUAAAUUACCCUGUUCUUUACUGAGCAUUAAAUCUGACGAUGGAUAUUUUCCCGGUUAAUAUGAAUAUGAAGUAUGUUUUUUUGGGAGACCACUGACUGACUACUGCUGAAAUUGAAUUGAAUGGAAAUGGGUGGCAAUGCAAUAGCUUAGGAGGUUUAAUUACCCAGUAGGUAGAGUCCAUAUUAUAAAUUUAUUAUAAAUUAUCAUAAUUUUCCGUAUGCAAAAUCUCACAUAAGAGUUUGCAGUGUGCAAAAUGAUCUUCUGGUGACUGGAAAGGGGACACCCCUCCCACUACUUUAAAUACCAAAAUAAGAAACAAAGAAAUCUUUUGGGGAGGGGAGGGUCCCAAUUUAAAAAACUUGCAUUUAGUAUUAUGUGAACACAAACAUCGAAAUCUUUUGCUGUAGACGGAAGUUGACCUAACUCUCUAUACAAACACAGUUUGGGAAGAGAAAAUCGGCAGAUGAAAUCAGCUGACGACAGUUUUUGGGUUAAUACAGACCUGUUUACUCUUACGAUUUUGGCGUACAAUGUACGAUUUUGAGGUGUAUAAAUUAUAUAUACUGUAUGUUUAUUUUUUACUAUUAAGUUAAUUAAGAUAAUGUAUUGAACAGUUUUGUGAUGAUAUUGUACGAUUUUAAGAGUUUGAGGGUAAACAGGUCUGUUAAUAGGAAAAUAAUCAAGAUUUGUGUUUUUAAUUUUUGCGGAAUAUUAACAAAAACUAACUUAUAUUUUGUGGCUUUAUUUAGAAGUACUCUUAUUUAACUAUGUUCCCUGUAAAUAUUAUAUUUUUGUCUCAUUUUAUAAUAAAGUUAUAAGGCAAGCAAAAUGAGAGUCACAAAAUGUGGAGGUAAACCCCAUAGUAAAAAAAGUGGUUUUGAGAUCCCUACUAAAAAAUUCAUAACUUUUGAACCACUUAAGCUAGAAAGUUGAUCUUGGUGUUUUUGUAAUCUAUUCUCCAGGCUCUAAACAGCUGUAGUAUUUUUAUAUUUUAUAUUUUUAAAAAUGUUUUGAAAUUUUCAUCGAAGUGCCUACUAUAAGUUUAUAAGCUUUAUCAAAACAUCAAUUUCAUCUUUCUAGCUUUUAUAGAAGUUGGGUUAUGUUUUUAGUGAAUUUUUUAAAGCCUCUUCUUUAUCUCUGUAUAAUGACAAAAACUUGUGACCAACUUAACAAAUUUCUGCCGUAUUUUGCUCACAACUUUUUUUUUAUUAUAACAGAUAAUGUUACCAAAUUUUCAGGAGACAUAAAUGCAACAAAACUUUUACGUAACAUCAAGACCUGUUGUUUUUUUUUUUUUUAUAAUUUUAUUUGCGGGUAGUUAAAAAAAUCCUGAAAAGAAAAAUUGCUGUAUUUGGGAAUUUUAGAACCAUUUGAUUGUAGGGAUUCCAUGCACACAACCAUUAACAAAGUUUAGAAUUCUUUACCUAUCUUUAUUUUUUGAUCGCCAGCUUUCUGAAACAUACAACAGAACUGACCAAACAUUUGAGUUAUGAAUUCUAAUUUUUUUCUCUCUCCUUAUUAGCCGUGAUUUCCAAAUAUUUAUAAGUCCUAAAGCAAAAGCUCUUCUUGUCGUUAGUAUUCUUACCUUGAUAUCUAUUUUAGAUCCCCAAGUCCUUACUAACUAUACUUCCUAGAUAGGUAAAGUUAUCUACCUCUCGUAAUGCUUUGCCUCUAUCUACUUCUCCUAAUACUUUUCCUCUUAUCACUACCUCUGUGCUGCUAGAAUUUAUUCUGGAAAAAGCAGGACAAGUAUAUGGAAGUUUGAAUUAAAAGACAGGAGAAUAUGAUAUUGUUUUGACUUAAAGCCCUCCUCAACAGACACAACAAAUGAAAAUACUACAAGAAUUAGAAUAGUAAAAAACUUUAGUGAUCACCAUUGUUAUUGCUAAAAGUAGGAUUUUUCAAAACGAAGAUUGCAGGAAGUGAAAGAAUAUAUGUAUUUUUACUGUGAAAAGUAACGUCUUGAAUCUUAACGGAAACAAAUAUUUUGGAGAUGUAUAAAAUCAUUAGUAGGAGCGUAUUUGAUUAAUGCCAUAUGCCUCAAAGCUGAGUUAAUUCGUUGUCCAUUCUAACGCUAUCUGUGUUGGUAUAGGAAAUCAGUGCCGUGAGGGAUACAUCUAAAUGUCCUUUUAUGUUUAUCUCCGUUGAAAUUUGAUGAGACCGGGGAAAGUUUACUUAGUUCAAUAUCAUGGAUUUGUCACUCCUCUCAUCUUGGAUUUGUGUGGUGCUAAGAUCAACAGCCCAACUGUGUUUGACUGGUUCCCAUAGUUGUUGUAGGGUCCAAGUAACACAAGGGAAGAAAGGAGUGAUUAAAUAAAAAUAAAAAAAAAAAAAAAAGAUAGGAAGCCCAUGCCUGCCAUAUAUUUGAAAGAAAUACCCUAAAAAAAGGGGCCAAAAAAAACAAGGGAAGAAAGGAGGGAUUAAAAAAAAAAAAAAAAAAAAAAAAAGAUAGGAAGCCCAUGCCUGCCAUAUAUUUGAAAGAAAUGCCCUAAAAAGCAAGUUGAUUGUCAGAUGUUGUGUUUUAGAUAGGCUGAUAGAUGAAAAAGGAACUUUACGAUCUCUAUUUUUAAAGGGUGGCACUCAAUACUCUAGUGUGAGAUUUAACUUAUAUUGUUGCUCCUACUAGGCUCAUGGUCCAAUGAAUAUUUUCAUGUUAAAGGUUUGAAUUUAAAAACUGUUAUGACAUGACUUUCUUUUCAGAAUGCCACAUUUUGGACGACCUCCAAUGAAUAGGUUUGGUGGACCCAGGGGACCAAUGGGAAUGAGAGGUCCACCUAUGGGUAUGAGAGGCCCACAUGGAAUGAGAGGGCCUCCACGUGGACCACCUUUUGGGAGACCACCAUUUGAUCCUAAUUUUGGCCCACCUGGAAUGGGACCUAAUCAAGGAAUGCGAGGACCUGGUAUGAAUGGGCCAAUGAUGGGAGGACCGCCUGGAAUGGGACCAAAUGGACCUGGAAUGGGGCCCAAUAUGGGAGGAAUGGGUCCUAAUGGACCUGGAAUGGGUCCACCUGGAAUGGGUCCACCAGGAAUGGGUCCUCAAGGAAUGGUGAGCAAUUUUUUAGAGACUUUUGUAUUUUGAUCAUGAGCAAUGACUAAAUCAAUGAAUGAUUCAAGGUAGAAAAAACAUACAUAACCUAUCUUGUAACCACCAUAAUGCUUUAUCAACAUUUGAUUUAUUAUAUUAUAGUAUUAUAUAAGUUGUUUUUAGAAGUACAUACAGAUGUUUGUUAUAUCUCAGCAACACUUCAAGAUUUAGAAUAUAAGCGGCAAUAUUAUCUUCUAUUAAUCAGAAAGCUAGAUAAUAUUUUUGGUUUAUUGAUGUCAGCUUGUCUCUCUAUGAAACACACUUCUCAAUCAAAUUUUUACUCUUAAAAUAAAUUGCUCUUUAAAUGUUGGAAUAGAUUUUUACAAAUAAACUGGUUAACUACCAUGAGCCAGUGGGACCAGCUCAGCAUUUCUUCCCUUAUGGCCACGAGCCGGUGGUAGCGCCAAUGUUUGUAUCAUUAGUAAAUCGAGUCAAAUAUUUAUAUUAUUCUGUUCCCGUUUUGCUUUGAGAUUUUAAUUUACUGACAGGAUUUUUAUAUUCGAACCCCAUGCUAUCGGCACAAUGUUUUAAAAAACGAGCUGUUAAUUAAUUUUGACUUAAUUUCCAAGCUAGUUACAAAAUUUUAUUACUUGUUUACCGUGGCAAGAAAGGGCAGGGUUACUAAAGGUAUAUAAGUGAUUGGAAGUGUAAAUAUUAUUCAAUUUCUGUGUUCUUUGGUGCAUAUUUCUUAGUAUUGGAUAUACUAUUUGGAAACCACCAAAUAAAAGGCUUUAAAUGAUUCGGAAAUUUAAAAUUUAUACAUAAGUUGGCACAUUUAUAUAUAUUUUUUUUUUCUGUUGUAAAUACUAAUUAAACAAUUAUUUCCUUACAAAACUUAACAGUACAAAGGUUUUAUGUUUAUCUUAUGGACAAUUCAAUUAUCUACAAAAUGGUUUAUUAAUCAUUAGAAUAUGUUUAUAAUAAAGGAAACCGCAGCUGAAUUUGUCAAUACCCCUAUAAUGAGAAAAUGUGACUUAGAUUUAAAAUAUGUCAUAGCAGGUUUUUCAAUAUGGUUGCUAAUCAGAUAGCAUUCACUUCGUCUUGUGUAAUAUUAACUAUCUUUGUACAGGAAAGUAUUAUAAAUAAAUACACCGCUACUAAUUUCAGAGCAUGAACACUGCUAAAGUAAGUUGGAAAAUUGAAGGCUAAUUUUCUUACUAUACAUAAAGUAUAUUUCAUGUUUCAUGUUUGCUUUAAAAUUACGUUCAUUUAAAAAAAAAUUAUUUUAAAAUCUCUUCUAAUACUGCACAUGUAUUAUUUUAUUUAAUGUUUGAAAAACCAUUCAUUACCAUCAAUUUAUUUUUAAUUGUUUCUACUGGCAUAUUAUUUUAUUGGGUUGGCUUAUGAGCGGGUCAUACAUCUUGCAGGCUUUCCCGGCUAAAACUAAGUGGGUUGGCUUAUGGAUGAACGGGCUUAUAAAUGAGUAUAUACAUAAAUAAUUUUUUUAAAUUCGUACUUAAAUUAAAAUGGCUGAUUAACAAUAAGUAUUGAAAAGAUUUGCUUUCAGAAAACCACUAAGAGUUCAUUAUCUUACAAAAUAUUUUUAUUUAUCAAAAUAUUCAAGAUGGUUUAUUUCAUUGAUAGUACUUAUCAUUAAAUUUAAAAUAAACCAUGCCAAUAUGUUCAUAGAUUAUUUUGUGAUGUAAUCCUCAGAGACCUUUAAUGCCACCUCCAAAUUUUCCUCCACCAAACUUUUCCAUGCCACCACCUGGAUUUUCCAAUGGAAUGCCCCCUGGCAUGAUGGGAGGCAUCAAUAUGCCUCCACCUAUGCAAGCACCUUUAGACCCAACAACACAAGAUAUAUGGAUCGAGACAAAAUCUCCAGAAGGAAAGGUCUGUACCAGUUCUGGAAAAUUGAAUAUUUUUUUAAUACAAUAUGAGGGAUUGCGUUCAAGCCGUGUGAAGGAAAUAUUUGAGCAAGAUAUGUUUAGGCUUGAAAUAAAAAGACAGGAUAAUUGUAUACCUAUAUACCUUCUUAGAAGACAAUAAAAAAAAGUAACAGCCGUUAAUUAGAAAUAAAAAAUAAAUAACUUAUGUGUUAGAAACUCUCAAUGUUGAGAACCAGAAUUUCUCAAUGUUAGAGACAGAAGUUAAGUAGUUCAAAACCAAAACGUGCAUGUAACAUAAUUUUGUGAUUCGUACUACCAAGGUUACAAGAAGUAAAAGAAUUUAAAUAUUAAUUUAAGAUUUUAAACAACUCCUAAAAAGGAUAGAAAUUAGUAUUUUUUGAGACUGUUAAAAAUCAAUGAAAUUUGUUAACAAUUCCUUCUUGUAUAUUUUUAUUGCAGGUCUACUAUUAUAGUGCCAGAACAAGAGAGGCAGCGUGGACAAAACCAGAGAGUGCUAGAAUAGUUACUCAGGUUGAGUGGGAAGCUUAUCAAACUAGCCAAGCUCAGGCGCAAGGUGGCGUUCUUCCUGUUGUAUCAGGGGGAACAUCAACUGCUGCUCAGGCUGCUGUUGCUCAAGGUAUUUGAAAAGAAAGUUAUCUUACUUCUUGUAAGGGUUCAAGUGAAAUUAAAUAUUAACAUUUUUAAUGUUUGUUGAAGGGAAUAAGAUAUCUCUUGUGGCUGUAUAAAUAAAAAAGUUCAAUAUGUAUGUAUAUCAUCAGCUUUGAGAAAUGUUUCCAAACAAGCUCAAAUGAUAUGGGAAUCCAUUUAAUGUUCAUUAAUACUGUUAGGUACAUGGUUUUUGCUAAUUUAAUCUGUUUUAAGAUUUGGCUCGAUGGAUGAACAAUGCGUAACAAAAGGACUGAAAACCAGUGUAAAAAAAAAAAAAAAAAAAAAAAAAAAAAAAAUUAAAAAAAAAAAAAUAAAUUUUAAAAAAAAAAAAAAAAAAAAAAAAAAAAAAAAAAAAAAAAAAAAAAAAAAAAAAAAAAAAAAAAAUGUUAGGUACAUGGUUUUUGCUAAUUUAAUCUGUUUUAAGAUUUGGCUCGAUGGAUGAACAAUGCGUAACAAAAGGACUGAAAACCAGUGUAAAAAAAAAAAAAAAAAGAUAACAAAGCUAGUGAUAUUAACAAUGUUCAAUUUUAUUAUACUAUUAAAAUUUAAUUCAAAAACAAAAUCAAAUUCACAGAAAUAAAAGCUAUAUUAACUUACAGCACAGCAGGUGAAAAAAUUUAAUCCUCAAAAGAUACAAAUAUUAAUAUAACACAAACAAAGAGUAAAAUCUUGUAAGUAUGUCUAAUAAAUGUCAGGAAAUCCGGCAAAAAUCUUUUGGGCAGGGAAAGCUGGUGAUUUAUUUACAUGGAGGGAAUUGAAACCCCCCAGAAAAGAAAUUCUAGAAAUUGCAUCAGGCGAUAGCAUUCUUAAAAACAAAUUAUAAUAUAAACAACCUUUUCCUAAGGGAGGGUAGGGUAUGGUACAGCGCUAAACAUUUAAUUGGUAAUAUUAAUAUCAAAACAAAAAAGGGGAGAUAAAUUGUGAAAGCAUUAGCUCGUUGAAUCAAAAUUAGGUCAAUACACAGGCCAUUACAAAAUUUACUACAUUUGUUGGAAAUGAGUUUUGAAAUACAAUUAUUGAAAUCCUUUUAUAAUUUUAGCCCAGGCAGCUUCUCAGCAACUGCAAAGCACUAAUACUGACCAAACAGUAAUGGCACAUACAGGUAUGUUUAUAAUCUGGAUUAGUGCAGCUUUUUAAAAAUAAAAAUGUUACAAUUUAAAACUGCAAAGGAUAAUCACUAUUUUAAUGUGAAUGGUAGAUAGGGUCUGCCAACAAUUGUUUUGCAUACUAUUCCGAAUUGUGUGCAAAUUUCAUUAUCUAAUUUUUUUAGUUUUUCGUUAUUAGUGGAAGAUUUAGCCCUUUCUAAUAAAGCUCCGGCAGUGAAUCUGAAUGGAACGAGAAAAACUAUUGGUUGUAAUUUUUUUAAAGUUGGGACCAUCCUUCAUUUUAUUAUUUACGCACUGAUGGGGAGGUGGGGGUUGUUGAUUAUGGAAAUUUGUGGCAUGGGUAGUGGGGAUUGGUGGGAGUGUCAAAGGAUAUAAAAUAUCCCCGCAACUGCUAGGUGCAUCAUCAGUAAUAUUUAGACUAGUCGCACCCCUUUUGUCUGCGACCUAGCUGAUGACGUAGUUUUGUUAAAUAAUUAUUUUGUUCGUCUGAACCGCGGCGAUUGUGAAAAAAGAGAAAACUAGAGAUGAUUUUUAAAAUAAAAUACAUUAUCCAACUGUUCUGCACUGGAACGGGGGAUUUGGACAUAAUUCUAAGAUCUAGUCAGCAGCAUUUACAAAAUAUAUUAUUUAGAACUCGCAAAGCAGCUCUAUUCCCUCUAUUUUAAUACAACAGGUAUACCUACUCCUGCUUAACAUUUAUCACCCCCCUCCCCCCCCAAGGAUCGCCGAUUCCAUUAAUGGUAACAUUAAAAUCAUGCAAUGUGCUCUUUAGGGACCUGGAUAGCCCUUAACGUGGGGAGACUAUAUUGACAGAUGUGCACAUUGCAUGAUUUUAAUGUUACCAUUAAUGGAAUCGGCGAUCCUUUUUGUUUUCGGCACUGUAGUUUAGCUUACUUAGUAUAUUACAAUAUGGCCUCGUAUAUUACAAUAUGGCGAUGAUGAGAAGAAACUUCUACCUCUACCGAUAAACAUGAGAUGCAACAAAAGAAAGUUUAUGAGCUUGAAUAUCAGACAACAUUUACUUAGUUGCAUUCUUCAUAGAAGGGUCCAUCAAACGCGGACUGCACAAACUGCAAGUCGGGCUUUUCAUUAGAAAUCAGGGUAGAAGGGGUGGUGUUGAUUUAGGAGUUUGUGUAUGGCGCGGGUCUAAAUAUAUGCAAUCAACACAUUUUCGUAAUGACGGUUUGGGGGGGGGGGGGGGGGGGGGGGGGGGGUGUUCCUGGGCAGAAAGUAUGAGUAUGUGCGUCAUUAAAAAAUUCUACAAUAUUCCUCCCGAACUCUGAAAGUCUAAAAAUAGCAUUUUAUUUAUAUCUUGAAUGCUGUAAAAUACCACCCGAUGUUUAUUAGAAAUUAUUGUUGUCAAGAGGUAUUUUCACAAAUGAACUCGCUAGCUAUACUCAGUAGUAGAGAAAUUACAGUAAUGUUUAGUCCACCGAAUGUUCAGCGCACCUGUGACGUAUAGUUCGUUGGGCUACGCCAGUGGUUUUAAAAUUUUCAUUUGCUGGUGCCUAUGCCAUAUUAGGUUUUCACCAGGUUCCCUGUGAAAUUCUAACAAAUACACUUCGAAAUAGCGAAUACUCAAAUAGAAUAAAGGUUUGGAUAAAAAUAAAUAUAACACACAUGUAGAUCACUGAGUGCCAUCUGUAACUGCAAACAGUAGUUACGCUUGUGUGUUACUGUUUGCACCACGGCCGAAAGCUGCCACAUUGGAUUAAAAGUGAAAAUAAAGUUAUGAAAAAUUUGGCCCUGCAAGGAAGCCGAAGCAACCCAUAUAGAAAAAAUGUGCACCCCCCACCUGGGCAAACCAGUAAAAGGACAAUUUAUUGCGCCCCUUGUCUUUGUGAAGUAAAUGAUAUUUUAUAGUUAAAUUCACUGUUAAGUUCCUUUCUAAAGACGAUUUUUGCGCCUGUUGCUCUUCGCCUAUUUCUGAUGGCCCUGCCCGAGGGCAACGAGCACCCAGGGUGAUGUGGCGUAUAUUCUGGAAACCACUGGGCUGACCGAAUCACCAGUGCUGAAAACAGUGGUGUCACAUUUUGUUUACUGUAAAUCAUAAUAUAUAAUGGAUUGUGUUAAUUUUGUUACUAUUGUUAUUUAGGGUGGGGGGUGUCAUUAAAAAAAAAGUACGCGUGCAAGGGGUGGGUGUGGUUUUACAUAAUUUGACUUUUAUGGAUACCGGUACGUGCUAUAUAGAUGGCCCCCUCUUAGCAUUUGUUUGCUUUGUAUGACCUAAUUUUAUGACAUUUAUUUCUUACAGUGCGUUCCAUUUUUUUACGCUAGCUUAACUCGAUUCCACUGAACACGCCAUACGAGUAGUUAUUAUAUAAAUAAUAUAUACUGUAUUUUUAUUUAUUUACUAUUAAGAUACUGUAUUGUACGAUUUUGAGAGGAUAUUGUACGAUUUUAGGAGUUUGAGGGUAAAAAGGUCUGUUGACAUGUUUUUUAAUUAUUUUUUCCUUCAAAUUUUGUAAUUUUGGUUAAGUAUCAAAGCUUGAUGAAAUUAUUGAACCGGUAACACAUUUUAAUGAGGGGCACCAUUAGAACUGACUUUGUUACUCAUCACUCAAGGUUUCACAUAUUAGUACAAUAAAGACUGAGCAUGUAUACUGAAAGUUGUACAGUACAGGCAUUAAAAUGUAUUUCUAUUUCUUAUAAAAUUAAGCAGGUGCUACUCAAGCUUUUAACCCAGCCUUGUUGCCACCAGGAUUCACCAACCCAUUUAUGCAACACCAAAUGCCUGGACCUGGUGGUGUUGCAACUCCUGAUGUUUCUCUGCAGAUGAAGGAUGCAACUUUGCAAAAACUUCCAUCAGCACAAGUAUGCUAUUUUGUAUUUUCUUGCUACUACAACAUAUUUCACUCCUAAAACUCAUGUUAAAUUUUGCUGUAAUAUAACUAGGUCUAAGUUCGUAUCUUAAAUCCUAAUUUUUUGUUGAUUUGGCUGCCAUGAUCCUACUUAAAAUGCCAUAUUUUUUAUUACAGAACUAAAAAUUGUGAGAUGUAUCUUAACCCACGAACUGUGGUCGGCCGAUAAAAAACAAGUCAGAUAGCAACUUCCAAUCCAAUAUUUAACCGGAAUUAUAGCCAUGUCCUUUUAUUAAUAAUUAAAUCAUCUUCCGGUUCAAGCUGUUUCGUGAUAACUUGAAAAUAAAUACUUUUUAAUCGGAGUUCUCUAUCGCUUUUUUUUUAAAGCUAAAAUGGUUGAAGCCAUGGCUGGCCUUCCGUGCAAGAACUAAUAAAAAUAUGUUUGAAAGCUUUUUAGGAGAGGUUUUAAGUGAUACUGAUGAUGAUUUUAACAUUCCACAUGACGAUAUCAUUUGAGAUUAUUCUUCUCGUGAAUUUUAUACUAGUCUUAGUGAUACUGAAGUAGGCCUACUGAGGCUACUGUUAGACUUCUAGCCAGGCCCGGAGUUUGGGCAAGGACUAACUGAAUUUUAGUCACAGAAGCUACAGAUUUUAGUUCAGAACUAAUAAAUUUUAUAGUUAAACAACCCAAAUCAGUUCCACAGUUCCCUUUUAAAUGUUUACAAGUCAAUAAUAACUAUUUUGCCUGAGAUUUCGUAUUUUGUAUCUUUAAAAAUUAAUGAUGUUAUGAGCACUUGAAAGCAAGACAUUGUGUCGAUUUUUUUUCUUGAGAACUUCAAGGUCAAGGACACUGAACAAAAUUUUUUUACGGGGUGGGCAAUAUGGUCAACACUAUCCCCAUCCAUUUACCUUUCUAAAAAUAUAUACUUAUAGGGAUCUUGUAUCAAUAUUUUUUUAUGUCAUUUAAUGCAAUUUCAAAUGGCACUCAAAACGCUCUGAAAAGCUCCACACCACAGAAUGAUGCAUGCCACAGUUCGUGGCUUAAGAAGUUGCAUAUUUAUAAGUGAGUCUAAAUAAAUUAAUAUAAAUUUUAUUUAAAAAAUGUUACAACAAAAUUUAAUAGAUGUUUCUACAUUUAUCUCUAGCUUCCUCCAAAGCCCCAGGAGGUUGCUGAAUGGACUGAACACAAAAACACUGAUGGAAAAAGUUAUUACCAUAAUUCCCGCACUCAAGAAUCUGUUUGGGAUAAGCCACAAGUUUUGAAAGAUUGGGAAGGUAUGGAUAAACAUUUUAAUUUUUUUUAAAUCAAGCCAAUCCUGAAAUUAAUCUUUUCCCAAAUAUUGUUGAGUCAUGAUAAAAUAAGCUAUAUAGAUUUUAAAAAUAAUUGUAAAUUUUUAAUUAUUAUUCUUCAACCUUUUUUCUCAAUGUUAAUUUGCUUCACUGUUGAUUUUUAUUAAUCUAUAUAUUUCUCUUAUAUCGUGCUUUUAAAGAUAGUAGAAAUAAUUACAUAAUCACCAAGUAGAGAAAACAUUGGAAGCAUUUAAUGUGAAGUAUUAUUAAAUAAACUGUAAACUUUAUCACUUAUUAUCAUUACAUAUUUUCUGUACUUAAUAAUUUAAAUUUUAAUAUAAUUUUUUUAACAGCUAAGAUUGAGCAGCUUCAAAAUGUAGGUAAUCAACAAGUGCAGUCGCAAGGACAACCAAGAGUUUCUGAAAACGCAAAAGCUGAUACAGGAGACAGUUCAGAAGAAUCUGACAAAGAUGAAGAAGAGGUAUAUUUAAUGAAAGUGAUAAAUGAAUUCAGUGUUAAGAUUGACUUUUGGAUUAAGUGGUUAAUAAUUUAUAGUUUCCCCAAAAAAUUUUUUUUAAUCACAUUUCAGGAGAAAAGAGAUAAACAAGAGGAAAUGACUGAAGAACAGAAGGCAGCUGAAAAAUCGAGACCUGUUUCAAGUACCCCAGUACCCGGAACGCCAUGGUAAAAUUAUCCAUUGUCAAUUUUUAUCUGUCAUUACCAACACUCUAAUGAUGUUAUAAUUAUUUUUUGAGGAAAUUACUAAUUUUACUUUAUGAUUCAGUUUGAAUUACAUUUUUCAGGUGUGUUGUAUGGACUGAUGAUGGUCGGAUAUUUAUUUUUUGAGGAAAUUACUAAUUUUACUUUAUGAUUCAGUUUGAAUUACAUUUUUCAGGUGUGUUGUAUGGACUGGUGAUGGUCGGUGUUUCUUCUAUAAUCCAAGUCAGCGACUUUCAGUCUGGGAAAAGCCAGAAGAUCUUCAAAAUAGACCUGAUGUUGAUAAAUUGUUAUCUUCAAAGCCCGAUGCUAAAAUUGGUGAGUUGCUUUUUAAAUUUAACAGAUUACAACUUUUUAAUGUCAUACUAUAAUUUUAUAGGUUUUCGGUUUCAGUUUAAUUUCAGCUGCAAUUGUAUCUUUGCUAUUAAUCAUAAUAUAGAUAACUUCCAAUUUUUUAAAAUGAAUUUUAGUGGUUCCAAAAGCCCCCUCUUAAAUAAAUGUCCAUACAAUUUUAGAAAAAAAUUAUACAAAAAAAUUAUACAAUAUACCUUAUAUGUUCAUUUUCAUGGUCUAGCCCAGGGGUGGCCAGACCUGUAGUAACUGAGAGCCAUUUUUAAAAUAAAAAAAAUUGUUGAGAGCCGCAUUGAAGCACUAUUGGUCAGGACCCCACUCGCAAUGAACAAUUCUGUUUGUGAUUUCUUUUUAAAAAUUACUUUUUAUUCGAAUUUAAUGAUUUAAACAUUUGAAUUGUUUUAACCCUAACCGUAUGUUGAAGAAAUAUAUGUGUUACAGUUACACAAUUGAAUAAAUAUAUGCGUUACAGUUACACAACUGAAGAAAUAUAUGAGUUACAGUUACACAAUUAACAAAUAUUUAAAUAUGUAAAAUUUAUGAAUAGAAACACACUGAAUAUAUACUCAUAACUCAUAAUUAUAGCGAACAUUAAUUGUUAUGAUUCUGCUGAGAAGCCUAUGAACUAGCAAGUUUCUUUAAAUCUGGUUGGUAGCUAGUAGUUGUGGUGAUAAGAAAUUCUGUCAGAUGCUGGUUACUAGUUACUGAACGAUGCUUUGAUUUUAUGAACUUCGUUGUGGAGUACAAAGAUUCACAGCAGUAAGUUGUACCGAAAACCGGAACCAGAAAUUUAACAGUUCACAUCACCAACCAAUCGCUCCCUUCAACUUUUAAAAUUUAAAUCAAUCCCAAAUUAUUUUCAACCCUUUGUUUCAGUCAAGAUUUUUUUUUUACACUUUCAUUUAUUUUUUAUAUUAUAUAUUUCAAACGAAAAGUUUUAAUUUCAUAAAUUGUUGGCGAGCAGCAAUGUGAACACAGAAGAGCCGCAUGCAGCUCGCGAGCGGUUUGGCCACCGUUGGUCUAGCCUAUCAGAGAAUUAAAUUUAUGGCAUCUUAACACCUUAGAAAGCAGUAUUUAAAAUCCCCCAAAUGCCAUUUUGUUAGGUAUAGUUAGAAAAAUUCUCUACGUGCCACAAAGAGGGAAUUUUUGUGACCCACUUGAUUUUUAACUAGUAAUGUUAAAGAAGACAUCAAAAGAUUUAAUUAAUACUGCAAGUUUAGUCCGAUUGCUAUUCCUUGACAUUUUCAAAGCUUUCGAGAUUUCAAAUUGUCUUUUAGAAACUUACAUUACCGGUCUAAAAGGUUAAUUUUUGUUCAUUAGAGAAAAAGAAAGAGGAGAAAGAAGAGGAAGAGGAGCCACCAUCAAAGAAGAAAAAGUAAGUAAAACAAGUGUCUUUGUAAAUAAAAAAAACAGCUAGUUCUCCACCAUUUUGAAGAAAAUCACUUCUGUUGUCAUGAAAAAUUUAUUUCUUCCUUGUUUAGCUUUAAAAGAGAAGGCCCAGAAUCAGAAACUUUGAUUUUAGAUGUUUCUAAAUUUUUAUAUGUGAAAAAUAAUUACAAUGUUAAUUAUAUGGAUUCAAUAUUUUUUGGAGAAAGAAGACUACCCCCCUUAAAUUCAUCAGUUAGUUUAAAUUUAAUUCUUCAACUUUCCAGAACCGAACCUGAGCCUAAAGAAGAAAAAAAAGAAGGUGGUCCUAAGCAAAUUGAUGUUGGCAAAGAAGCUGCCAUUGAAGCAGAAGUACAAGCUGCUCGACAAAGGGCGAUAGUUCCUUUAGAAAUUCGCAUGAAACAGUUUAGAGAUAUGUUAGCAGAAAAGGAGGUUAGUUUACAGAGUCAAUGUAUUACCUGUUUCUGUAAUUAAUGCACAUAUUUUUUUGCAUUUUUAAAAUACUUUUAUCAAUCGUUUUUGUAAAUUAAAUACAUUUCUUUUGAAAGACAAUUUGAUAACACCGAAUUUAUUAGGCAUCUUAAAAUAUUUUGAGGGUCUUAUUUGUAAAUAUCAAAACAGGUUUCUGCUUUCUCCACUUGGGAAAAAGAGUUGCAUAAAAUUGUGUUUGACCAGCGGUACCUUUUGCUAACUUCCCGUGAGCGCAAGCAGGUAUUUGAGCAAUAUGUAAAGGAGAGAGCAGAAGAAGAACGCCGGGAAAAGCAUCGCAGAAUCAAAGAGAAGAAGGAAUCCUUCAGACAAUUGAUGGAAGAAAGUAAACUACAUGGAAAGUAAGGAACUAUUGAAUUAAAAUAUAUUUUACAAUAAAAAUUAACAAUUAGUUCUGCUUCUUUUUGCUGAACUUCACUGAAAUCACCUUCUGGUAAUUUUUAAAAUUUAAACUUUUAAAAUUUACUUUAGAAAGUAAGCUUCGUGAUAAUUUAUCUUUGUCAUUAUGUAUUUGGCAGCAAUUGAAAGGAACCCCCUCCCCCCGCUUAUGUCCAACUUAUACCAUUCCCUUUGAAAUAUGUCUUGUGGUGUUCCUCUUUCCUGUUGGUGCUUUGGUGGCAUCUUGGGUAUUGUAGAUUUUACUUGUGGUGUAUAAGCCCUAAAAAUUGCAACUGUUGAUAAAUUUUAUCCUAGAUAGUGCUGCCAAGGUAUUUAAACUGCGUGACCUCCUCAAGGAUCUUGUUACUGACUGCUUUAUUCCCUUAAGGGAAAUGUUGAACACAUAAACUUGUACUUUUGCUAUUUGGCUAUCUUUAACAGAUUACUGUUUUUGCCUGGUGGUCAUUGUAGUCUUGUAUUUUCUAAAGGUGCUAUGUUGCCAGCAAAAUCGAUAUCAAAGAAUUCAGUUUAUACAGUAUUCUUAUUUUGGUAAAUGCAUUAAAAUGCAUUUAUUAACCUUGAUGAAAUUCUGUCAAAAUUUGCCACAGAGAUAACCUUUAAACACUGACAAAGGCCUACAAAUCUACAAACAUUUUAUGAUUAACUUUUGAAACUUGUACAUUUGCUCUACAUUGAUUUUUCUAAAUGCAAAUUUAUUUCCCUAUAUGACUUUCAAUGUUUGUGAACAAGCCUACAUCCCUCAGACAGACAGGAUCAUAGAUAAUGCUCUUCAAAGUUUCAGUAGCUGCUUGAUAUCCAAGCAGUUAUUACAAUCUGCUGUUUCCUCCUUUGAUAGUUAAGCUAUCACACCGUUUCUCCAGUAACUUGGAAUGCUCUCAUCUUGCCAGGAGUUGUAGAAUAAUUAGGUUAACACCUCCAACCUAUGGUCACCAUCCAGUUGUAACAUUCCUAGAGCAAUCUGAUCCAAACUUGGUGCCUUAUUUUUUUAUAUUUAUUAUAGGCAUUUGUCAGACCCUUCCGAUUUUGUCGGAAUUUUACAGAUUAUUUACCCCUCAUUCCGACCUUCCAACAAACCCCUUAAAAUUCAGAUUUUUAUAAUAUUGCACCCGUCAUAAAAAUUUGCAAGCGAUUUUUAAAAAGACAGGAAGUGUUGCAUUUGUUUUUAUGAAGUGCAUACAUGUCCUGCGACCGGACAAAUAAGUGAAUAAAUUCUCGAGAUAUUCUUCCGGCUAUUAUAUAUUCGACCAAGUCACAUGACCACUGUAACAAAAUUGCUCGAGAUAUUUGUCAGUCAGCCUUGUCAUGUGAUCACUAUUUGUCGAUCAGAGUUUACGGUACUUCAUUUCAACAAAUUCAAGAUAGUCUGGACAUUUACACGAAAAAGAAAUAUGUUCAAUUAUUCAAAAGAAAUACUAGAACAAAUGAAUAAUUGGUUAAAAAGUGUCAAUGUUUUUUAUAAAGCGUGGCAUGCCUGCUGGAUGAUGUUUCCUGCACUAUAUGUCCGGUCACCUGACGUGUAGACACUGCCUUGUUUUUAUCCAAGCGAACCGGGAUCUUCAAAUCAUUCUUCAAUCAUCAAUUGAUCAGAUCGUGAUUCAUCCUUUUUACAAGGCUAAAAAAAAUUCAAACUUUUUUUUGUGAAAGCUUUUCUUAAUUAAAUUGUUAAACCAAUUGAAAGUGAUGGGUACAAUGAUAUUAAUAAAUAUAUAUUUUAAAAUCCCCAUAGUCAUUGAGUAAAUGUAAGUUUUACAAGUCAAUAAUUUGAUGUGAAUUGUAUUAUACUCCAAGAUUAGUUAAAUUAUUCCUUAAAUGCUAAUUUUUUUUUUUUUGUAAUGUUUUUUUUGUAAGAUCAUCCUUCAGUGAUUUUGCUGCCAAAUAUGGAAAAGAUGAACGUUUCAAAGGUAUCGAUAAAAUGCGAGAGAGAGAGAGCAUGUUCUUGGAUUUUGUCAGCGAACUACGCAAGAAGGAGAAAGAAGAGAAAUCUGUAUUAAAGGAAAAGGUAAAUAUAUCCUAUCAUGUUAUAAAUAAAUUGAGUCACCCUAAUCUUCAGAAAAAUAAUUGGUUUAUAAAACUUUCAUCAAGAAUUUAAGGGUAAAUAAUUACAUGGUUGACAGCAGAUCUGAAGUAAAAGCAAGAUUGAAAUCAACAUUAUUUUUCUUAAGAUUAGAAGGUAGCUAGCUUCAUAGGUUUUGUUAACUUAUCAAAUAUAUCACUUUGUUAAUCUAAUGCUAAUUUUAAAUUACCUGUUAUGCAGGAAAUUCUAUAAUAAUGAAUAGCAAAUAUAUUAUGGACUACCUUUGAAUAAUAUUAUUUACAAUUGUUUUUUAUUAAAAUGUUUAUGCUUAUGUUGUCCUCUGAUUUAAAAAUAGGAGUUAAUUUUAUCUUAAGAAAUUUUAUAAGCAAAGUGAUAUCUUUGUAAAAAAUAUAAUUAUAUUUUUAACUAACAUUUUUUAAAGGUCAUAAAGCAUUUGUGGAAGCAAAAUAUGCUGUAUUUUCAUAUAAUGAAAAUAAAUAAAAAAGGCAAUAUAAUAUAGUCUAACAAAACCUGUGCAAGUCUGGUUUCUGUAUUAUUUUGAAACAAAUGUUUUUGUCUUGUCUUGUCUUGUAAUUUAUCUGGAUAAAAGAUUUGUUUCCCUGAGAUAUGUAAGUAAUCUUGGGAUGCCAUUGCUUAAGUGAUAGAUAUAUACAUCACUUUUGAGGUUUCAAGAUUAAAUUUCCAUUAUGUGCUUAAAGAAUGAUUACGUGAAUUAAAUAUAAUAAAAUCUUAAUAGUAAAACAACUAAAACUUAUUUCGUUUUUGGUUUCUUAUAUUCUUUAGUUGUUUAAAACUGAAACAAUGAUUUUCAGUUAAAAUUAAUAUUUAUCAUGAUACUUUAUAUCUGAUUUAGAUAUUUUGUCUAUACGAGAUUUGUAUGUCACGUCUUUUUUUUCCAGCACAGUCAAGUUUGAUUUCAUUGUGACAGCAUGCUUUAAAAAAAAUCUCCAACAUGUACUAUAAAUACUUUUCAACAUUGUUAUUAUGCUAUUUCCACCUCUUCUUCUUUUAUGCACAUAAAAACAUGUUAAAAAUAAUUAUAUUUGGAAAGUUUUAUGCGUCUAAUACGUCAAGUUUGGGAGGAUGACAAAAUUAAUUAUCUGUGUAUGAGUGUAACAACAGAUUUCUUUCCUCAGCCAGCAGAGUUGAAACACCUUUGAAACUUUAUUUUCAUGCCUUCCUUUUAGAAUUUAAUAAUUUCUUUUUAGCUUUUCAUCUUUGAAAAUAAUGAAGCUUAUGAGUCUACAUAGAAAUUAUUUAGGUUAAGAUUGAUUUGUUUGUGAAUAUAAAGUAAUUUUUUUUCAGCAAUCUUAUCCUCUCAUCUUUUUCGUAAGUCUUGUGAAUUGAGAAAUCCUAAUAUUUUUAUUUCAAAAUUCUUUUUGAACUAAAGGUUUUAAACAUGCUUUCAAUGCAUGUUAUGAGUUAUGAGGGUAGAUUUAUUUGAAAAUUAAUUUCCUAAACAUAUAUUAGCAUUUACUAUAUUUAUAUGUAUAUAUACUGUUAAUGUGUGACUUUCCUAUUUUUAAAAACCAGUAGCAUGUAUAAUUAAAUGAUUGAUUUGGCUAGAUUAUUAUUAUUGCUGUCAAAUAAGGAAAGUAAUGACAUAGCAAUAUUUUACAUAAUUUUCUCUAAAAUUCUAGCUAUCUAAGGUUUUAGUGAAAACAUUUAUCAGUAGUUUAUUGAUUUGAAAAAAAAAAUUUUGUUCCAUCUUUUAACAUCAUCUUAGGUUUGACAUUUAUAUUCAUCGUAUGAAUUUUAAAAAAAAUAUUUUAGUUCUAAACAUGUUCCUGAUUAAAUCAGCUUUGAAAGUAAAUGUUAUGAUAAUAUUUACAAUUAAAUAUUAUUUUUAAUUGAUUGCAUAGUUUCUAGAUAAGUAGAAUUUAUAGCUGAUUUAUAAUAUAAUUACACUGAAUUCUUCAAAUAUUGAUACAGUAAAGUUUCAAGUAUAAAAUUGAUUUGGCUGAUAUUCUAACGUUGUCAAACUUUGUGUUCCCCCCAUGGAAGAAGAGGAAGAUUGCAUCUGGAAGCUGUAGACAGCAUGGUUGAUCCUGGUCAGUUGCCAAUGCAAUUUGACCCUGGUGCGGAAAUCCUAGUGCUCGCUAUGUGGUGGUCUGACCUGGUAUAUAGCACCAAUACUUUUAUUUACUUUUUCUUGUCAUCCUUUACAUUACUCAACAUAAACAUAGUUGUCUUUCUGUCUACCCCUCUUUAAGUUCUAUCAUAUUAAAACAAAAUUGUAUAUUAUUUUUAAAGGAUUAUGCACUGGAGAUGAGGCAUAAUCAAAAGCAAGGCAUCUCUUUAAUGGAAUCAGUAUUUUGUGUAGAUGCAGAGAUUUGAAUUGUUGUAUCGUGUUAAAAAUAAAUGUUUAGAAAAAUGGGUGGGGGAGAGUUAUUUGUUUUACCAGUACUAAAAUAAAUUAACAUGAUUUGCCAUCUGCAUAAUUUUGUUUGUCCGCUAUUUUUUAAAACACUUUUUGAAAUUAAAUAUUUUCCCCUUGCUAUUGGUUUGCUGUUGCCAUCUCAUUAAAUUGGAUAGGAACAAACAACAAUAUGGCUAAUUAUUAUUCAUUAGAUGGAGGCAGCACAUCAAUGCAUUUUCUAAUUUAAUAAAUUAAAGAGCUGAUGUUUAAAUUAUGCUAUCAAUCAACCAAAUAGUGGGCAUUCUAGAGUCAUGAAUUUCUUGAAUUUUGUAUGCUUAUUGUUUAAACAUAUGCCUUUAUUUCAGGAAGUAUGAAUGAGAAACUGUUGUACUUUUUACAUAACAACUCUGUACACAUCUGUGAGAGAGCAUGUUAUGAAUGAGAGGAAAAUAGUGAAUGAGAUGGCAAUUCUCUGGUGCAUUGUCACAGUAAUGUAUAGUGCCAUUUCAUUGGAUUCAUUUAUUUGUUCAAGUGAAGAAUUGCAAGUUUCCCUUUUGGAAAUAAAUACAUUUCUAGUUAAAAGCACUUAAUUAAAAAGUGGGAUAAGGGAUAAUCGUUCUUAUGGAAACUUGUAUUCUUCAUGUAUGUGAUGUUUUCAAGCUUGUCUUUAUUAUAAUUCUUCUUGAAAACAAGAGAAUUAAAAUACAUGUUCUAAGACAGUUUGAACCAAUAUGUAAUGUGUUUAUAUGAAAUUCAUUAAUUUAUUUUUGGGGGUUUAAUUGUAGCAUCUUACAUUGCAAGAAUAACGAUAAGGAAAAACUCCUUUAAAGUACCUUUAAUUGAUUUGUAACAUGGCUUUAAAAAAAAAGGCAAUUAUUUUUUUCUGCUUAUAUUUUUUUUAGUACGAGAAUUAAAUUUUUUUUAAAAAUUAAGAUCAAUCUAUCAUGAUGAUUGCUGUUAUCUUUUUCUAUUAUCUAUUUAAACAUAACAUGUGUAAACUAUUUUAUGUAUAAACAUAUUCUUUAUGGUUAAAUCUUAUUACUCUCUAACCUAAACUAUUUCCUUUCAGUUGAAGUCAGAUUUCUUGAAACUACUGAAGGAAACUUCUGGCAUUGAAAGAAACUCAAGGUGGAGUGAAAUAAAGAAGAAGAUAAACUCUGAUCCAAGAUAUGAGGCGGUUGACAGUAGUUCUCGUAGAGAAGAUUGGUUCAAGGAUUAUGUUAAAACAUUAGAUGAGGUUGGUAUAAACAUUAAUGCUACCGUCAUUGUAAAAGAGAGUUGAGUGUCUAUUUUUCUGAAUUAACUGGGACUGGUUCAGAUAACCUAUUUUUCAGCUAAUCAAACCAUCCCAUGGAAAGAUUGCAUUAAAAAAGCAUAGUGCAUAUAAUACAAUAUAUACUCUUACCUUACAUACGUAUGGUACUUUAUUGUACAUUGUAUUGUGUAUAGUAAUCUCAACAAUAAUGUAUCUGGGUCAGCCGAUAGAUGUCAAAAACUGGUGAGGUUGUUUCCACAAAUAUAUGACUGGGGCUUAGAAUAAAAUUCAAGGUCACUGUCUUUGCUGCUGGGUAUUAUGAGAUUUGUAUGAAGAAGUUUGCAGACUGCUUUAUCCCAGUCUGGUCACUGCAUAUACACUAUCUAGAUUUUAACUGGAUUGUGUGACAGGGUCGAAUUGUUUUCCGGUUUUUCUACCCCAAUGCUUCUUGGUAUGCACAUUGCUUACAAAAUAAUAUUAGUAUAAUAUAGAAAAGUUCCCUUUGGAUAAUCUGCCUUUGUAGAAUUGACACUCUACUAUAAAGUGUAUAUUAUAUAUUACUGAAUAUGUUAUUUUUUAAAAAUAAAUUACAAUUUUUCUACUUUGUGUAAAAAAUUAAACAUGUCUAAUUAUGACAUUAAUUGGUCAAAACAUUUUAAUACCAGUAUUAUUAUAUAUUCACUUUCAGCUUUUUACAAAAAAUUUAUCAGUUAUUUCUAUCUAUAUAGAAAAAAAUGUCUCAGGCCACCUCAGAAGAUGAAGAACGCAAAGAACGAGAGAAGCAAGAAAGAAUUGAGGCUAGUAUCAAGAAGAGGGAGGAGGAAGUUAAGCAGUCUUUGUCUUCUUCCUUAAGAGAAAGAGACAAAGAGCGUGAACAGCAUAAAAAAGAUGAAGCAAUUCAACAUUUUAAUGCUUUGCUUGCUGAUUUGGUAAGUUGUUCAGUUCAUGUAAUGUAGUAUUUUUAAAAAUUUUAAAUACCAUGUUGAAGUAAAUUGUAUUUUAAAAAAAAAGGUACUAAUCACUCUUCAUUGCACAUGAAAAAAAAAUCUUAAAUUUGAGAAAAUGUAAGACUUUUAAUAUCUAACUUCAAAACUUGGCAAAGUCACUGGUAAAAACAGUCUAGAGUAGCACUAAUAUAAAUAUCAUUAGUUUUAUCAAGUAUCAUGUGGAAAAUCUAGAUGUCUUUAUGACUUUUAAAAAAUUUUAAAAAUCCAUUAUAUAACUUUGCUUUUGUUCAUGUGUUUCUGGUUGGGUGGCAAAAUCUUUGGACAAUUAAUUGACCCACUUCCUGUCAACCUAUCGAGCUGAAACUUGGCUUAGAUACUGUUGCAGAUGACAACACAUUCCAUCAAAUUUUCAGCACCACCCACCAACCCCCAAAAAUCUGUUUUUCAAGGGGAAGUUGAAGGAAAUAUGAUGCCACUGAUUUCAGUAAAUAAAAUUCCAGAUAACUGCACUGCAAGUGCAUUUGGUGCAUAAUAUUUUCUUUUUUUUCUUAAAUGUUGAAAAAGCGGGUGGGACAUUAAGAAAAUAAGUAUAAAAUAAAAUAAUAAAAAAUGCAUUUAAAAAAGGAUUUAUAAAAAGUUUUUUUUUAACCUUAUUUGAUCAUUAUCAUAAGUGAAAUUUUUAUAUUUCCACAUUUUAAUGAUCAUAUUAAAAAUGUAUUUUAGGUGAGGAAUAAUGAAGUUACAUGGAGAGAUACUCGUAAGCAGCUGCGUAAAGACCACCGGUGGGAACUCACAGAUUCAUUGGAAAGGGAUGAGAAAGAGAAAUUGUUUGAUACUCACAUUGAAGGACUCUACAAAAGAAAUCGAGCAAUGUUUCAUUCUUUGCUAGAUGAAACUGAGGUAAAAUAAAUUUAGAAUAUAAGACUAUGUAUUUUCAAUAAUAAUUCUCAUUUUUUAAAUUUAAAAUAAAAAAUAUAUUUAAAAUCAUGUACUAUUUUUAUAGAUCAUAAGUUUUAUAUGGUUCACUCAUAUGUUAUUCCCUUUCAACAAAAAAUGUUUUGUUAUCGUAAUUUUUCUUCAUCUGAAAGUUUGUGUCUCCUUUUAUAGGUUUUUAAAUUAAAAUGUUUUUUUCAUCAAGAUUUCAUUAACAUCUACUUGGAAGGAAGUGAAGAAGCAAAUAAAGGAAGAUCCUAGAUACAGCAAAUUUUCUUCCAGCGACCGUGUAAGAAUAAAACUUUCUAUUAAUUACUAUUAAAGAAUAUGAUUUGCUUUAACAUUAGUGGUAUCAACUUUUAUGUACAUCACUUGUGGGUUACACUGAUUUUGAGGAGAAGAGAUAAUAAAAUAUCAUCUUACUUGGAGCGGCCCAAUUUGGUCAUUGCUCUCCCCCCUUCCCUCUCUCUUUCUAUCUCUCUCUUUUCAUUUCCAUCUGAUGACAUCAUCAACUUUUAAGCUUGUUUUAUUUUCUAGUUUUAUUUCAUGCAGCUGGACUUAAAAAUGCCUUCAUAGCACUAAUUUCUUUUAAUUAGCUUAUAGUAAAUACAUAUUGGAACAAGAUAUCAAUAAGCUUGAAAAGAAAAAAAACAGGACAAUUAAACUGUCACUACUGAAUAUGUGCAGAGCAGAAGCCGAGUCUAGAAGUUUUUGAAUCUUCAAUAAAUUGUUCUAUUUUUUGUGGCAUGAUUUAUUGUUGUGAACAAUUGUGUUCUUUUUGGAUUCGUAGAAUUUUUUAUCCUCUAAUUGUCCUUGGGCUUCUUUAAUAAAGAAGUUUUUAUCCCAAACCGACAAAGCACCACACUUAUCUGGAGUUUAAACCACCUGUCAUCACAUGCAAAACAUCGAUUCUUUUUAAUUGAUGUCUGCUCCUGCCUCAUACACGUUAAUUCCGCAUUCUGACGGAUUUAAAGCUUUGAGAUUCUUCCUCGAAAACAAACAACAUCCAUCAAUUUAUACUGAUUCCCUUUCCGACUGGCCAACUGGUACUCACCUUCAAUUCUUUUGAAUUUAAUAGUAAUUUCUUUGACCAAGUUAAUGGUGUUGCAAUGUGUACCAAAAUAGGCCUAGUUAUGCCUGCCUUUUUAUACAUGGUAGAGAAGGCAUACAUUUUACAAAAGAUACAUGGAUGAUCGCAUUCGAAACAAGUUAACUCGAACAAUUUAAUGAUUUUCCAAACUCAUUUCACCCAUCUAUUAAAUUUGCUUAAAAAAUCUCUGAGAAUUCUGUAAACUUUUUGGAUAAAACAAAUCAUUCACCUCUGCCUACUACAAACCAUCUAACAGUCAUAGUUACUCUUUGUAUUCAUCUUCCCACCCCAAGCAAAGACCUUUUUUCCAACUUCUUAAGACUACAUCGCUUCUGCUUGGUCAGAUAGGGCAAAUAAAAAGGAUGAACUUCUUGCAAUCCAGAUCUUAUCAAGAGACUGUCCUUAUUUCAGCACUUAGUUUUAUCAGCACAAUCACACAUAAUGAGUCUUUUAAAUCUUGUUUAAACAAAGAUGAGGGUUGAAUAAAACUCAUCCUUAGCUAGCACCCUCACAACAUGAUUGCCAAAAUAAUAUUCUUGAAUAGUCAUAUUCUCCUUGCUGACCUUGACACUAACAGCCUAACAUGGUAUUCUCAUCGACUCCACUUAUUGUCUUCAGAUGGGAUAAAAAUCUAUGUGAAUUUCUGGUUCACAGUUGCCUUUGGGCUGAGUCCUCUAAUGUUGGGACUAAACCAUGUUCAAGUAGCUGUUUUAGGACUUGCCCCUAUGUAUUGGAAACUAAACUAUUGUCUUCCCUAAGGGGAUCUUUACUAUCAAAAGGGCUUCACCUGUACCAUUAGAAAUGUAAGCUUUUUUUUUACCGAAGAUGCAGCUCCUGUUAUGUAGGUGAGACAGGAAGAAGGCUAUCUGAUAGGCUUAGAAAACAUCUUCGAGAUAUUUAACAAACAAGCCAUCCCCAGUCACAUCCGAUUUCAUGGCUUUAAUUUCUUGCACUAAUACACCAGUGAUGAAGAAUGGAAAACAAAUUAGUUCAGAUUUUUUGUACCAUAUCACCAAAUACUACUUAUUUCUUUUACCUUGAUAGUGAUAGUACACACCACAGAAUAAAGUGGGGCGCAAGUUUUUGUUCUGAACAGAACAACUUAACUUCCAUUUUCUAACUAUUUCAUUUCUAUCAAAAUUCAUAGAGUGCCUCCUGUACUAUACAUUGAGCUACAAUGACAUUUUUGUGAUUUUUGAAAACAAGAGUUUUAAUUUAUAGUAUCUGAGAUCUGUUGUUUCUUGUUUUGUAUUGUCUGUUGAAGAAGGCUUUCAGCCGAAAUGUCCGUUUAUUUGCCUGUAUUUUCUUGUCAAGCCUAAACAUAUCUUGUGUCACUAUAUAUUUACUUUACAUGGCUUGAACAGCCACUCAUACUUUACCUUUAUAGUUUGAGGCUCGUUUUUUUUACCUUCGUUAUUAACAAAAUAUUGCUUAAAAGAACUAUUUAAAGUAAAAUGCAUUUGUAAAACGAAAAAAAAUUUGGAGGAUACAUCCAACCCACUUUUAGACCAGCGGGAUCAUGGCAAAUUCUUCCCUGGGUGUUAUAUAAUUAAAUAAUUACUCUUAAAGUCAAUAUUUUCUUUAUGAUGGCUUUUUGUGCUUGAGAAAUACUUUUAAAUGUCUAAAGGUUUGGUUUUAAUUGCUGUAGUUUAAAAGUUUUCUCAAACAGAAGUUGUAUUAUGUCCUGAAAAUAAAUGUACAGUGGGUGGCCGAGUGGUCUAAACUGAGCCAAUCACAAGUUCAUGCCUGGAGUUCAAUCCCCACCAAAUCCAAGUCAAGCACACAAAAAAACUUUAUCAGCACCCCAGGUGGAUGGGACUCCUUAGCCUUACAUGCCUACUCAUGAUUAAAUAAAAAGGUUAAGGACAGUGGAGCUUUUUUAUAAGUAGGGUCAAUAAAAUUGGAUUUUGUUAAAAUCUCAAUAGAGGGAUUAGGCAAUAGAAGGGUUUUACAACAUACUUGCAAAUAGUAUUGGGAUUUUUGUAUUGGAUGAUAGGUAUUGUGUUUUAAAAAUUGACCUUUAAACCCCUUGUAGUUGGACUAUUGUUAGUGAAUUUGUAAUAGUGUUGUACAAGGAUAAAAACCUUUUUUUUAAAAACUCUUAUUUUUACACCCAUACUCUGUAAAAAAAAAAAAAAUUUUUAAUAAAUUAAAAAAAAAAAAGAAUUUUAUUAUUAUUUACCAAUAAAAAAAAUUAAUAAAAACCUUUUUUUUAAAAACUCUUAUUUUUAAACCCAUAAUCUGUAAAAAAAAAAAAAUUUUUAAUAAAUUAAAAAAAAAAAAAGAAUUUUAUUAUUAUUUACCAAUAAAAAAAAUUUCAGGAGCUUUGUCACAACCAUUUUAAAUCUUAUCUGAAUUGGGAUUAUAGCUGGGUUUCACUGUACCUUAGAAAUCAAUUAAUUAUAAAAAAUCAACAUUGCCUCUUAUCUUUGCUUUUCUUUAAUGGUCCAGCUCAGAAACAUUUUUUUUUUAAAAACCUACCCUUUUGCAUAAUCAGAAAGAAAAGAGUCAUCUGAUGGAUCAAUAUUUAAAAAAAAAACUAUUUUCAAAUACAGUUCCUGAGAAAAUGUUUCCAUGGAACAUUGGGUUUGUCAGCCUCUAUGAUUGUAAACAGGAAAUGAAUUGUUGCUUUGACAAUUAUUUCUGUACUGUAAAAUAAAUCAAAUAACAAAAGCACAACAAGAGUUUUCAAUUCUGAAUCCACCUAAAGGUUUUCUUUAGGAUUAUUAAGAAAAGAUACAUAAGCCUGGCAAAAUUUGAAGUGUACGGGUAUACUGGAGGAACAUUUCACAUUUUCUGUAAUAUUCAUGCAUUUUCUGAAAAGAUAGUAAAUAGAGGCUUAUUGAAGACUGCAUACAAUUUAGAAUUAUAUAAUUUACUUCUUUGCAGAAACGGGAAAAGGAAUUCACUGAAUACAUGCAUGAAAAAUUUGUAAAUGCAAAAGCUGAUUUCAGGGAGUUGUUAAGAGAGACAAAAGUAAUUACUUACAAGUAAGUAUAUUUUUUUACUAAUAAUGCUUUAUUUUAUAAGUCUUGUAUGCUUUUUUUAAAAAAAGGUCAUCAAAUUAUUUUUUGAUUGUUGCAUAAAAAAGGAAUACCGGUAUUACAUUUUUACACAUUGCAUCAAUCAGGACCUUUUUUAGAAUAAUUUGUCAUCUAAAUAGAAUUACCAUUAAAUAAUAUAAUAGCAUAGGAAAUCAAAGUAAACUAAGGUAUUUAUGAUGCAUUAUUGGCAUGCAUUUCUAUUCUUAUGCUUACAUGUAGAAACAUAUCAGGGGUGAACCAUAUAGUAUGUUUUCAACGGAGAGUGGACCGUGAACGCUUUAAACGCAGCGUUUUCUGUCAACCCGACGUCACUCAGGCCAAGGGGGGGAGGUUCUCGACAUGCUUCUGCAUGGUCUGGCGGUGGGGAGACCCGGCGUCUGGCCCGUGUGUAGGUGUGGGGGGGGGGGGGGCGCGGGGGGGGGGGGGGGGGGAAUUAAGAGCUCGCGCUCGACGACCCACCAACGCCAUCUCCAAUGUGACAUUAUUAGUAUUUUUUCUUACUGGGGGAGGGGGAUGUCGAUUUUGAUAAUGUGUAGGAAUGCGUAUGGGUGGGGGGUCUCAGCAUAAAAAAGUUACAUUCACAAAUUUUGCAAUAAUUAUCCUGAAAUUAGGAGUCUGUAAAUAACCUAUUUAUAUCUAUAAUUAUAAUGCUCUAAAAAUAUCACACAAUGAUUUGUAGGAAUUUUUGGUGUUUUCACAAGUUCUUUGAACUUGCUAGAUAUCACUCUAGUAGUAGUAACAAUUGGCAUAAUAGUUAGCCCACUGUUUGCCUCUCUCUCUUCUGUGGUUUGCCUUAAUUGUAUGUUCUACAUGCAUAUGGCUAUUUCCAUGGUUCCUAAAGUUUUCUAUUUCCGCUCUCCUCGCCGAAUUAAGGUUUUCCCCAGGUGCCCUAUGCAUAGUAUAGUUCUAACUAAAGGUUACACCUCGAAAUACAGUGGGUCCCCACAUAACUUAUCCGUUCCGGAACAGCAUUUGUUAUGCAGGGAAUUUGUUAUGAUGAUCAUGAUUUCCCAUAAGGUCCCUAUACAAAUUUAAUUUGUUCUGAGUACAAAGAAACUUUUAAAAAAGAUUGAAACAGUUUAAAAAAAAUUUUUAUAGAACUGCCCGACAAUCCAAAAGAAAUAAAAAAUAGUUCCCCCACUUAUCCAAACAAUUGUCAAAAGAAUUAACACACCAAAACAUAAAUAAACCAAAAAACUUGCCAACACACAAGAAUGGCACUGACUCCUGUUCCCAUUCAGAAUUACUUAGAGUGAUGCCAUUUGUAAGUAGGAUGUUUUUCUGUGGUGGUAUACAUCGAUGAGGUUAGUUAUUUGAGUUUGCUAUACGAGUCAUUUUUGGGAAAAACGUCCAUGUUUGUCAUGCCAUUUGUUCAUUAUGAGUUAUGUUCACCCACUGUAGCUACACUUUUUAAAGAUAAAGGAUUGUUAAAUACACAUAUAUAACAAAUGUAGGUCAAUAAGCACCAUCUAGUAACUGCAAACAGUUAUUAUUCAAGUGAGUUACUGGUUUGCACCUGGCCCACAAGACGUCUCAUUGGAUUAAAAGUGGAAAUAAAUUUAUGAAAACUGUAAUAUUUUGUGCUGACUUUUUGAGGCAGCCAUGAGACCCCAGGGCGGUGCAGAGGAAAAGUUGCGCAUGGGGUGGACCAGUAAUUAAACAAUGUGACGCCCUUUGUCUGGGGGUGGGGGUGUGUGUCAAAAUUGGGCUUUAUUUGGGCAUGUACAAGAUGGAUGGUCCCUAAGCCUGUGUAAUAUGUGUUAUUUAAUAGCUACACCUGAUAUUUUUUAACACGACUAUCUUUAUCUCAGGACCAAGAAAAUUUUGGAGGAGACAGAAGGGCAUCUAGAUGAUAUUGAAAAAGUUCUGGAGGUUAGUAUAAUUUAAUUCUCAAAUUUACAAUCCCACAUUUAAAAAUAUGUGCACCCAACUUCUAGAGAAAAAAAAAAUGUUACACUGCUAAAUAAAUUUACAGUAACACACUGGGUGACCUUUCUUUUAAUUUACAAUUUAUUCCCUACCAUAUUUUGAUGAAAAAAUAUCCCUCAUAAUGUGAGAAAAUUAUAUUCACUCAAUGAUAUCUGUAUUUUAUUCUGGGUUUCUUGAAUAAACCUUUUGACAAAUGCAAUUUAAACUGGUGUCAUCCAAUAAAACGUAUUUAAAAGUUAAUGUUUUGAAUCUUUUAUCAAUAUAAAUGCUAAUUUUUUUUGUAUUUCUUUUAAGAAUGACAAGCGCUACUUGACCCUGGAUUGUGUACCUGAUGAGCGUAGAAAGAUCCUUCUUUCACAUAUUGAUGAAUUACAUCAGAAAGGUGUUCCACCACCACCAACAGCAUCUGCACCAUCUCACAGGGGAUUGAAAUAAUACAGGGAUGUUUCAUGAAAACAUUUUUUUUUAAAAAUUAAUCCAUUCACUUACUUGUGUAACAGUGAUUUUUUUAGAUUGAUAAAGCACUUGGAUUUAAGUCAUGUUAAAUUUGAAUUUUUAACGCAGCAAUUUUUGGGGUGGGGUAUGUUAAUUUUUAGACUAUCAUUUGGGAAUUUUGAUUGUUAAAAUUGACAUUUUUUGUUGUUACUUUUCUUUUGCAAGACUUGGAAUUUGUGUUAUGUAAUUGCUGCAUUCCAAAAAAAAAAAAACUUUAACAGUAUAUAUAAUAAUUCAAGCGUCACAAAAUUUUUUUUUUUACUGUAAUUGUUUUUUUCAAAUAAACUUUUUCUAGGCAUUAACUUCAUAUUCUUGCUCUUAAAAUUUUUUACCCCUUUGCAUAAAGAACCCCCCAAAAAAACUCUUAGAGGAUUAAGACAAUUUUAAAUAUAUUUUUAUUUUAUUUUAUUGAUAAUUGAAUGCUAAGUUGAAUGUUAUUUUUUUAGGAAUUAACAUAAUUCCCAAAAAAAGACUAUAUAAAUCUAUUUUAUUUGUCAAUUCUUUUUCUUAGAGGCUUAUUGUUGCGUUUUUUUGUUUUUUUUUCAUGGUAUAUGGAGUCAAUUUUAUAUAUUUGAGAAAAUUCACAUUUAGACUAUUUAGAGUUUGAGUUCCUUACAUAACUGAAUUGUAAAGAUUACACAGACUGCUGCUUAAGACUAUCUCUUAAGUUGAAUUAAAUGUAAUUUUUAAAAAUAAAAUGCUGUUAUGUUUGGAUGCUGACAUUAAAAUCAUUUAUUACUAAUUACCCUUUUACUCAUUAAUUCUUACAUGAAUAUCAUUUUACAUUAAACAUUACUUAUUCA